ACAGCUUAAUGUUGUGGUGUCUCUAUGUUCCCAAAAUAAUGAAUAUAAAUUUGUAUUUCCAUAUCGAUGAGCUAAACAUUUUUCAUUCGAACAGUAGAGAUGCCAUAAACAUUAAAAGCUAAGACAAGCUGAAUGUAUUUAAAAAAAGCUAAAUUGCAUAACAGAACUAAAAUCGCUAGAUAUAGCCCGAAACCUGCUAGACUGGCAGCACUGACAACAAGUGAAAUACACAAUCAUGUUUUAUAAUAUCUUAAAACGCUCUUUUCAAUCAAAUUUACGGCAUGUGAACAACUUGAAUGUGCUGCGAUCGAGCAGCUCAGGUGCUCCCAGAGACGACAUCACAGACGCACUGGAUAUAGAGGCCAAUCUUUUCGAGAAUUCCUCCAUAAAGCAUGAGCCGGUUAGCACGCGGGAAGCUUUACGCAAGAAUCGGUCAAAAGGAACAGCAGCUAAACCCCCAAGAAACGUGAAAGAUCAGAGUUUCUCAGUGACACCACCACCGAAGUUCAGCAUUCCACCUGCGCCACGACCGUCACCAGUCCCAGUUGCAGUCAUCAAGGACAGCGAACUGAAUCUGGAGUUUGUGCGCCUCACACUGCAGGAUCCGUUGACCAGCACGCUGUUGACCACAGUGCGUUCUCGCAAGCGUCGCGACAAGAACCGGCAGAUCAUCAUCGAGGGCAGGCGCCUCAUAAAGGAGGCACUGCAAUGUGGCCUCAAAAUGAGUAGCCUCAUCUUCAGUCAGAAGGAUCAGCUGGCCCUGUUAAAAGAGGAAGUGGCCCAGGCCCAGCAGGAGAGCCGCACAAAGAUCUACAAAGUGCCACAUCAUGACCUAAAGACUUGGUCCUCGCUGGUGACGCCCCCUGGCUUGUUGGCCGUCUUCGAUCGGCCCACGGAGAAGGGAUUGGAGAAGAACCUGGCAGAGCAACAGCGGCUGGGCACCCAGCCCCUGCCCAUUACAGUCGUGUGUGACAACAUAAGGGAGCCCAACAACCUGGGAAGCAUUAUUAGGACAUGCGCCGCCCUGCCCUGCAGCCAGGUGGUGGUCACUCGCGGCUGUUGCGAUCCCUGGGAGUCCAAGGCGCUGCGCGGCGGCUGUGGCGGUCAGUUCCGCGUGCCCAUACGCGACGAUGUUUCAUGGGAAGAGCUCUCCAUGAGCAUCCCAGCCGAGGCAGCUGACGAUUGUCACGUUUUCAUAGCGGAGAGCAAUAAGGGGAAGCUGGCCAACCGCCAGGCCAUCGAUUAUGCAGACAUUGCACAGAUUGGAUCCCACAAUUUGCUCAUAAUUGGCGGAGAAAGCCAUGGCGUAAGCGAAGAGGCCUACAGCUUCAUGAACCUGGUGGGAGGCAAGGGAAAGUGCGUGUACAUACCCUUGGCAGCUGGCAUUGAUAGCCUGAAUGUGGCAUCUGCCCUGACGCUGUUGCUAUUUGAGCUACGCCGGAAACUAAAUCAGACUGGAUCACAAUCAAACGAUGUCUAGGAAAACCACAGUGAAGAUUUAUCUUUGGAAACAUUGUUAAACCAUUUCCGAAGUGUUUUCUUUGUCACGGACAUGUUUUGUUAUAAAUUUAGUGCUAGACUGUUUCACAAAUUCAUUGGGUAUUAAAAUUAAAAUACAAUUCAACUAUUCGCUUCGAUUUCCUUGUAGACC